AUGUCGCAUGCGGCGCCAUUUGACCCAUUCAACGACGUUCAGUUCGCCAAUUCGCUGGCUCGACUGCGCAACGACAUGGAUGCCGACAAGAUGUCUGAUAUGUUCUCAGACGACUACAACGACGACGAUGACGACCUCGACAUAGUCGUCGAUACCCCGCUAGAGGACCCAUUCGGACCUGUCCCAGUAUUCGACCCAAAUCCAACACCACCAGCCGCCCCUGUCCGCCCUGAGUAUGAGACCCUUAUGCUGCCAAGCGGUGUGCGUCUCGAGUUCACAUCCGACGAUGUCAGCGUGCCAGUCCACGACGAGAUGGGCUUCGGCGCAGCCAUUAAUUUCCAGUACAACAAGUACGACGGCUGCAUCGAAGAGGUCAACUUCUGGUGGGCUGCGGACGCGAAUUCUGCAUCCCGGCUUCUCGAUAACCAGCAGCUGGACUUCGUCAAGUGGAUGUUAAUAGACACCAGAAGAUCGCUGCCCAUGAUGGAGACUGCGACAUUGGCGGACAAGAGGAAAGUCGAGCGGACGGUUGCACAGUUCCAGGGUGUGAUCGAUCAGCACGAAGCAGCAAGGUCGUGGAUGCUGUUCGAGCAAGUUCGACGUGAGGGAGAGAUCGUUCAGAACACAGACGGUUGGGGAGCGGAGGACGCAGCAAAGGCGACAACGAAGGAGGAGGAGCCCCUGAAGGAUCUGAUGUCGCUACUGACCAUCAGAGAUGACCAGGCUGCGAAUCAAAAGAUUGAGGAGCUGUUUGACAGCCUCAAAAUAUAA